AUGAGCCUGACUCGACCCGCAUUCGUCACCUCGAAGGCCCUGAAGCUGCCAGUCCUUAAGGAGCUGGCCAAUAGGCGGAUCAUUCUGGCGUCCAGCAGCCCCAGGCGAAAGGAGAUUUUCGAAACAGCUGGUCUGCGACCAGAGAUUAUACCUUCAAAAUUCGCCGAGGACCUGGCCAAAGAUCUGUACGAUGGUAAUCUGGCGGAUUACCCCAUUGCGACCGCUGGAGAAAAGGCCAUAGAUGUAUAUGAGAGCCUCGUCAGAGAUAACGAUCGCGAUCCACCAGAUCUGGUCAUCAGCGCGGACACCGUGGUCAUCUUCCCUCCAGAACGCAUCACUGCAGAAGCUAGUGCGAAUGGCAGCACGGUACCUGGGAUGCAGUCUCAGAUCUUAGAGAAGCCAUCGUCGAAGGAGGAUCAAUUUAGGAUGCUGGAUCUGAUGGCUGGGAAGGAGUGCGAGGUGAUUACGGGCGUCACGAUCGUAUACCCAACAGUAGAUGCGCCCGGCUACAAGCUGGAGUCUAUGUCUUGCUCGACCCUCUGCCGAUUCUAUGACAAUUCUAAAGAGGUGAUUGAUGCCUAUAUCGAGUCGAAUGAGGGCAUAGAUCGCGCUGGCGGUUUCGCAAUUCAGGGACUGGGAGGACUGCUCAUUGAAGGCGUAGAGGGGAGCUACGAUAACUGUGUCGGCUUCCCCUCUUCAGCUUUCUGGCGGUGGAUGACCGAGCUGUCAGACGAAGGCACCUUCUCGGACGCCUGGAACUAG